ACCGGCGAUGAGAUUCAGCGAUCGCCGGUCCUGGCCACACGACCGGUCCAAGCCGCCAGCUUAAUCAACCCUACAGCUGCAUGCUUGCAGUAAGCCAUGAAUUUGCAGUCACAGCACCACGAGCUUCUCUGGUACUGUCGAAGCACAAAACUGCCACCACUUCUGUCAUAACGGGCCGCCGACCGAGUGGAUACAGAAGCCCAUCCCAACCACCCAAUAACAUGGCCAGAGCUUGUAAAUUACACAAACACCAAUUUCAACCGCAACCGUGGGUAAUAGGUGAUUUUGAAGGGAAUUUCACCCAAGGUUCCAAGGGACUUCGGACAUAUACUAAAAGCGUUACAGCAGAUGAUCCGAGUGUGUAUAGUGUAGGUUAUAUGUUUUGGUGACCGGAUAAUUGUAGGCUUUUGUGGUUCUCAUUUCGGCAGGAGUCCAUAAAUCAGCGGAUUCUAAAAUAAUUUAGAGCAGAAUCUGGAUUAAUAUACGACGAGAUUUG